AUGGCAAUUGAGGCUACCAAUCCACUGCUUGAAGCUAUUCGAAUCGACGGAAGGCCCGAAGGAAGUCCCUCCAGCGCCGCGCGAAGAGGUCGACCACGACGCCAGUACAAGUGCGCGCACUGCUCGAAAGCCUUCAAGCGCAGCGAGCACUGCAUUCGUCACGAGAGAACCCAUACGCACGAGAAGCCUUACGUGUGUCGAUACUGUCACAAGUCAUACGCGAGGAAGGACCUUGUUACGAGACACGAGCGCACUCUGCAUGCGAAGGAGCAAGCAAAAGAAAAGAUUGGAGAUGUGGUGACAGUAGCAUGCGCGCCACUGGCGCAAGCAACAGUGUUCUCCCCGUCGAAAGGCGAUGACUACAUGAACAUAGACCAAGAGGAAGACGAAAGAUCCGGCCAGGAAUCUCCAGACUCGCAGUCGCCAGACGAUGGCGUCGCUUCUUCCACAACAUCACCAUGUUCCAGUCAACGGCGCCGAGCCAACUCACGACGGAAGUCAUACUCUCGGCAAGCAGCCGAUCCCGACAUCGAACUUGAACGAAUGUUGAUGUCGUUUCAGCCAUUAACUGACCAAUCCUUCGAGACGCGCAGGGAUCCAAGUACUCUCAACCGAGCCACCGAAAGUCGUCCCGCAGACAUAUUCCAGCAUGAUGCUCAACAGGAAGGAAACUUGCUGCAGCUUCAGUACUUCCACGACGUCGAUCCAGUUGAAGAGUUGCCACCGCUAGACCCAGCGUUAUUCAUGAACAUGGAUCUUCCCUUUGAAAGUAUUGCCGUGGAGAUGCCAAGUAAAUAUCCAGCAGAAAACGGACUUGAGACUGGCGCUUUACGAGAACAACCCCCUCGUCAACCACAAAAUCCACCGGAGAAGAGCGGUGCUGCUGAUCCAUCCACGGAAAACGAUGAGCUAUUUUCACCGAGAACACUGGCCUAUCUCGGCAUGGGCGCAUUUGACCUCUCGCCCAUACCAGGUGACACCGCGGAGCAGAGAGAUGAUCGAAGACGAAUUCCACGCCAUCCCAAUACUGAGGACCCUUCAAGCGGAGCCCCCCUUGGAUGGGCUAGCUGCCAAAUACCCUCGGCUAGCAGCGAUCUCCCUUCUCUACUCGAAGACGGGCGUCAACAAUAUCCGACCGUGACCUUUGACGAAGAGACGUGUGCGUAUCUUCGCAAAGACAUGUCUUCGCGGCUGAGAAUAGCAGCUGGAGACUUCCAACUGCCCACCGCCAAAACGUUGCAGGGCUUCCUAUCUGCUUACAUGACGAGUUUUCAUAGCCACUUUCCCAUCAUUCAUAUGCAGACUUUUGAUUUGGCACACACUCCGGGCCCCUUGGUGCUUUCCAUCUGUUCCAUCGGCGCUCUCUAUCGCCUGGACCGACGUCGAGCGCGUCAUCUUUAUGACUUAUCAAUCCGCAGUGUGGAACAGGUGCCUCAACCAACCAAGGACAAUUCCAAAUCCAUGGUAAAGGACUACUUCCUUUGGUUUGUGCAAGCGAAAAUUCUUCUUAGCUUUUACGCAGUCAUGAGCGGGGAGAAGGAUCUCGUUGACGCAACGAUGAAGGACAACGGCUUCUACACCUUGGUUUAUAACAAAGCUCGAACUGCGGUAGAAAACACUGAAACAGAACCAUCCGAGAUGACGUGGCACACGUGGAUAGAGCUAGAGUCGUGGAAGCGCGCGCUGGGGGGUAUCUUCAUAGAGAGUACCCUCACUAUGGUGAUCUACGACGUCAAUCCUGGAUUUCAUGCGACCCAAGAUCUGGAUAUCGAAGCGUAUCAAGAUGAAAAGAUGUGGAACGCGAGGUCACCUGCAGAGUGGCGAGAGCUUCGGACAGCUGCCUCGAAAAGCUCGCCAUACAGUCGACGACACACAAUCAAAGAUGUACUUGUUGACAUUCUACUUGAAGGAAGGUAUCAUGCCGACACGGUACCGUACCGCGUGUCGACCUUUACUGCCCUUGUCUUGACCCAUGCGGUCGUUGUUCACAUGUGGCAGAGAUUACAAGUCUGCCAGGCCCUCGCUUCAACACGUUCGAUUGCAAGGAAUGAUAUUGGUGAUGAACAAGACCCUCUGAGAGCUUCGCUCCUCAACGGUGCUAUGCAGUCGUUGGCUCGGUGCGAUGCUUUUCUCCAAGGCGUCAGGAGCGAGCUACGACAACCACGUCCAGAAGAAGACGAGAAGGACAAAGAAAUCUCGCUUGUAUUCAACUGCCAGGCAGUCUUGCGCAUAGCUUACACAAAGCUGUCGAAAAUAUCCACCACUCCCUGUCGAAUCAGCUUGUUGAGCCUUGAGGAUAGGGACCUUGGGUCAUGCGUGUCAUCAUUCAUUAUGGGCAGGAUGGAACGAAGCUCCCACAUUCUCAAGAUGGUUUCGAAAGCCUUCGAAGGCAUGGUUGUUCCAGUCAAGAUGGGGCAUCUUCUGGUCCGGAAGACUGCCGCUUUUCGAUGGAGUGUUGAGCAUGCUGUGGCAGGGUGGACGGGUGUAUCAAAAUGGGCUCAGUCCAUAGAACAGGACAAGAUAGCCGGGAUGCAGCCAAUUCAGAGCGAGCUGGAGCUAUUAGCCUUGAUCAGAGAGACUCUAGAUGAGGCCGAGUGCGAUAUCGGGGAGGGCACGACUCUUGCUGCCGGAAUCGCCAGGACGUGGGGCUGGUUUCUGUCAGACGUCUGGGUGUGGGGCAUUACGCCACGGAUGGGAGGAAUACUGAGCCAACUGGCCGAUGCGUAUCAAGACGCGAUUGGGCCAUACAGCUACCCCGCAAGUAGCGGUCUAUCGCCGCCUGAAUUGUUGGCACCCACACGUCUUACCUAUACUCUUCACCCACCGGCCUCAUCUCGAAAUACGCAAGAAAUUCAAAUCAACAUGUCCAGAUCCGAUGGAAUGGCAGUUGCCCUUAAAGAUCUGGAGUCGAAAGCACGGGGGGAGGUCCAAGUCUCCGCUCUCAGAGGCGGCGAGUUCACCCUCCCCAAGCGGUUCUUCGUCGCGGGGGUGUCUGAGGACGAGACCUCGCUUGUGCCAUCACUCUCUUUCCUCAUCUCGCAGAAUUUAUUCGAAGGGGGUCAUCGACGCAUUCUUUACGAUCUGGGCUUGAGACGGGAUAUUGAACGCUAUUCUACGCCGAUACAAAACCACACAAAGAAUCGUCAGCCGAUGACCUUAUUACCGGACGUCCGACAGAGCCUGAUCGAUGGAGGUCUUGAUGUGGCAGCUAUCGACGAAGUCAUACUCAGCCAUGUUCACUGGGACCAUAUUGGGACUCCUUCUGACUUUCCGAACGCUCGCUUUCGAGUUGGUCAAGGAUCGCUUGUAUUGCUCAGCCAGGGGAUAAAUGGGCAUAUGUCUCAUUCUAAUUUCCAGUCUGAUCUUUUCGACGGCCUCAGGGUUGAAGAGAUCACGGGCCCCGGAGAACACGUAGACGCAGCAGGGGUUACAAAACGUUGGAAGAAUUUGGAGGGAUUGGGAAUACUGGAUAUUGGGGGAAGCGACGAUGGUUCCUUGUUUGCUGUCGAUUUGCCGGGCCACUUGCCUGGACAUCUUGGACUUCUCGCAAGAGUAGGACCUCAAUCCUGGGUGAUGCUUAUCGGGGAUGCUUGUCACGACGCUCGUCUGUUGACAGGCGAGAUGCAGAUAGCUGAGUGGGAAGAUGGAUUUAUUGGCCUUGGGGCUAUGGGUUUGCCCAUGGCCUCCAAUCUCGUCGCCAAGGUAGCGAAGGGUUCUCAAACAUACGUCUACGAUAUCUCAGAGACCUCCAUGAAGAGACUCGUCGAUCAGGAAAAGAAUGCAGAUAUAAUAGGGUGCAAGUCUCCGAGAGAAGUUUCACAAAGGGCUGACAUAGUCUUCACAAUGCUUCCAGAGGGCAGUCAUGUGAAAACCGUCUACUUGGACCCAGACACCGGGAUAUUGGGUCCUGAGCUGAAGUCCCGCUUGCUCAUCGAUUGCUCAACUAUCGACACGGAGACGUCCCAGCUGGUAUCUAACACUAUCAAAUCUCACUUUCCAUCCACAUUCUUCUGUGAUGCACCUGUAUCUGGCGGCACCCUCGGUGCGGAAGCCGCUACAUUGACUCUGAUGAUUGGUUGCUCCGAGAAAAGUCCGAACUGGCCAGAAAUUCGCGACUUACUGGGUCUCAUGGGCAAGAAUAUCAUUGCAUGUGGCGGCCCAGGCUUGGGUCUUACGGCAAAGCUUUGCAACAACUACUGCUCGGCGCUCAUUUCACUUGCAACAUCCGAAGCCAUGAACAUCGGGAUGAGAGCGGGCAUCGAUCCUCGACUCCUCGCGCGCGUGUUCUCCAACAGUACUGCACAAAGCACGAUCUGCGACAAGUGGAAUCCUGUGCCUGGCAUCUGUCCAAAUGCCCCAGCAAGUCACGGGUAUCAAGGCGGCUUCAAGAUUCAGUUGAUGGCAAAAGACUUUGGCUUAGCUGUGUCUAUGGCGGAUAAGGUUGACGCAAAGUUGAUCCUUGGUGCUGUUGGCCUCAGAGCCUACAAGGAGGCGAGUCAAGAUUCCAAAUGUCGCGAUCUUGACUCUCGCGUGCUUUACAGAUACAUUGGAGGCAACGAGGACUGGCAAGUUGAUUGA